AUGACUCAAUUGAGCCUUUUUGAGAUUGCGUAUGGGCAGAACCCAUCGGCAGUGCUUGACUUAGCAUCCAUUUCCCGUAUUGGUCGAUUGAGUAUUAAGGCUGAUGAGAUGGCAGAUUAUCUUCGAGAAGUUCAUGACCAAGUUAAGAAAGCGAUAGAAGAUAGCAAUGUCAUUGACCUCACCCGCAACUACCUUAACGGUUCAAUCCCUCAGGGAUGGGGUUCUUCCCCAAAGCUGGUCAACAUUUCCCUUCUUGGAAACCGGUUAACGGGUCCUAUCCCCAAAGAGCUGGCAAACAUCACAACUCUCAAAAGCUUUGUGGUGGAGUUCAAUAAUCUUUCCGGAAAUCUUCCUCCAGAGCUUGGCAAUAUGUCCUCCAUAGAAAGAUUCUUCCUCACCUCGAAUAAUUUUACUGGGGAGCUUCCUGAUUCAUUUGCAGGGCUUAACACAUUGAAGGACUUUCGGAUCGGAGACAAUCACUUUUCUGGAAAGAUACCCAAUUAUAUUCAAAACUGGACAAACCUUACUAAAUUAGUGAUUCAGGCAAGUGGUUUGAACGGGCCAAUUCCCUCUGGCAUUGCUCAUUUGGAAAGUUUAACUGACUUGAGAGUUAGUGACAUGCAUGGAUCUGAACAACCUUUUCCACCACUUGAUAAUCUGACAAAGUUGAAAACAUUGAUAUUGAGGAGUUGCAAUGUUACAGGAAAGCUACCUGACUAUCUCGGGAAAAGGACAAAGCUGAAAACCUUAGAUCUCGGCUUUAACAAGUUAAGUGGAAAAAUUCCAAGCAGCUUUUCUGGUCUAUUCAAUGCAACUUACAUAUAUUUAACCGGCAACUUGCUAACUGGAGAAGUGCCUGUUCUUAUGCUGAGAGCGAACUACACUGAUCUUUCAUAUAACAAUUUUACAGUUGGAGAAUCAGAGCAAUCAAGAUGUCAAACAAGUAGAGUGAAUCUAUUUUCAACCUCUUUGAUUGGAGAUAACUUUGGCCUGGGUUUGUGUUUGAAAAGCUUUAAAUGUCCUCAUCGAAAAUCAUACAAACUUCAUAUAAAUUGCGGUGGAGAAGAAGUAACGACAAUUAAUGGAAGUAUUCCAUAUGAUGCUGAUAUAGAACAAGGUGGACCUUCAAAAUUCUACAAGAGUCCACAAAACUGGGCAUUUAGCAACACUGGUCACUUCUUGGAUGAUAAUCGCCCAAAUGACGAUUAUAUUUUGCAAAAUCUAUCCACACUCUCUAUGGUCAACCCUAAACUGUACAUGAAAGCACGCCUUUCUCCUGUCUCUCUUACUUAUUAUGCUUUUUGCUUGGGAAAUGGAAAUUACACUGUAAACCUCCAUUUUGCGGAGAUUGCUUUUACUGAUGACAAAACAUAUAGCAGCUUGGGAAGGCGUAUAUUUGAUAUUUACAUUCAGGGAAAGCUGGUAUGGAAGGAUUUCAACAUUGUACAAGAGGCUGGUGGAGUUGGUAAGGCAGUAAUUAAAAAUUUUACUGCUGUUGUGACUAGUAAUACCUUGGAGAUCCGUUUCUAUUGGGCUGGGAAGGGGACAAUUUCUAUCCCGAAGAGAGGAGUCUAUGGUCCUCUUAUUUCAGCUAUUUCUGUGGAACCUGACUUUACACCACCAUUGGAAAAUGGUAUAUCUCUAGGUGCAAAGGUCGGGAUUGUCGCUGCUUCUAUUAUAAUUUUGGUUUUGGGUAUCCUCUGGUUGAAAUGCUAUCUACAAAAAAGUAAGAUGGAACAAGAUUUAAAGGAUUUGAACUUGCAAACUAGUACAUUCACCUUAAGGCAAAUCAAAGCUGCAACAAAUAACUUUAAUGCUGCAAAUAAAAUUGGGGAAGGUGGUUUUGGUUCUGUUUAUAAGGGCCUUUUGUUAGAUGGCACCAUAAUUGCAGUCAAACAGCUUUCUUCAAAAUCAAAGCAAGGGAAUCGAGAGUUUGUGAAUGAGAUAGGCACGAUUUCUGCUUUGCAACACCCUCAUCUUGUGAAGCUAUAUGGAUGUUGUAUUGAAGAAAAUCAAUUGUUACUAGUAUACGAGUACAUGGAAAAUAAUAGUCUCGCUCGUGCUUUGUUUGGGCCAAAAGAGCAUGCCUUGAAAUUGGAUUGGCCAACAAGACAAAAGAUUUGUGUUGGCAUUGCAAGAGGUUUGGCUUAUCUCCAUGAGGAAUCAAGAUUAAAGAUUGUUCAUAGAGACAUCAAGGCUACCAAUGUCUUGCUUGAUAAAAAUCUCAACUCUAAGAUAUCUGACUUUGGUUUAGCCAAGCUUGAUGACGAAGAUAAUACUCACAUAAGCACCCGAGUUGCUGGAACUUAUGGAUACAUGGCACCUGAAUAUGCAUUGCGGGGUUAUUUGACUGACAAAGCAGAUGUAUAUAGUUUUGGAGUUGUUGCCUUGGAAAUUGUUAGUGGGAGGUGCAAUAGUACUAGUUACCUGGCAAAGCCGGAAUCUUUCCAUCUUCUUGAUUGGGCACUGUUUUUAAAAGAGAAAGAGAGUUUAUUGGAACUGGUUGAUCCAAGGUUGGGCUCUAACUACAAGAAAGAAGAGGUUAUGGUGAUGAUCAAUGUGGCUCUCUUAUGCACUAAUGCUUCUGCAGCAAUCAGGCCUGCCAUGUCUUCGGUGGUGAGCAUGCUUGAGGGCGGCACUAUUGUUCCAGAGUUGGUUUUAGAUCCAAGUGUCUCAAAUAAGGAAAUGAAAGAGGCAAUGUGGGAGCAUUUUCAACAAAUUAAAGAACAUAAUAUGCAUGCGAGCCAAAUAGAGAGUGUUUCUUCUAGAUUGAUACAGAGUACAUCAAUGGAUGGCCCAUGGACUGCUUCUUCUACAUCUACCGUUGAUCUAUAUCCAGUCAAUUUAGAUUCUACUUACUUGGAGAAAAGACCUUAGAAAGUUGAAGGAGCUCGAUAUCUCAGUUUGGUCACCAAAAUAAAUUUUA